CCCUUGUAGCAAAUGAAAACUUAAGAUGUUUACGUGUCUUUCUGCUUCUGUGAAAUUUGGGUAAUAUUUGAGGUAUUCUAAAUGGUGUUUUGUAGCUUUUAGAUGUAUAGCUUUUGAGAUGGAUGAAAGCAACAGCAUCUAGCCAUUGUUAACUACAGCAAGUGUUGUGGAUAAGUACUUCUAUUUUUAUGCUGGGUGAUGGUAUUUACAUCGCAAACAAGAAAAGCAUGUUUUGGAAUAAUUCUGUGGAGUACACGGAAGGAAGGAUGCAAAACUUAGCUUUGAAACUGGUUGCUUUCAGAGGGUGUUCUGCAGAAAAAAAGGAUAAGAUGUCCAUUUGAGUUCCAUCUUGUCCAGGACUGGUUUCCUCUCUGCUGCCAGGAUGGCGACAUCGCUUAGAACCGUGUGGCCCAGCUUCUUCUGGAUGCGUUCAGUAGCAGCCUGUAAGCAGGCCCCACUGCAGAGGCCGCAAACUGGUCAUAGGAUCUAGAUGUGGUGUAACAGGUGCUGAGCAGAGGGAGAUAAUCCCAUCCCUCCAUCCACUUAGUACAGUCCUGGAUGCUUUUGGCUUUACUACUUGUGAUUGUUGUGCUUGGAGUGGAGCUGCAGGAACCUGGGGAAAAGGAUGGAGCUGUGUAUCGUGCUUGCCAUAAAUCUACAUACUCAGUUCUCCCUGAAGACUACAAUUGCAAAGUGGAACUUGCAGUGACAUCAGAUUUGAAGACGAUUGUCUGCUACCACCCUUCGCUUGAGAUUCCAUAUGAGCAUACAAAACCCAUACCACGGCCAGAUCCAGUGAAUAAUAAGGAAGAAAACCUCGAUCAAGUUUUGAAAUCCAGAUUAAAUGAAGAAGAGCUAAAGAACGAUAAAGGUCUUACAAUUGAAGAGCUCAGCAAAAUGUUUUACACAACAAAACAUCGUUGGUAUCCUGUGGGACAGUAUCAUAGAAGACGCAGGAAUCCUAAUCCUCCCAAAGACCGAUAAUUGGGACAACUUCUUGUUCAUCAGCACAUUACUAGUAAUCUUUACUGGAAAUAAAAAUUACAGAAAGUGAGAUGUUUGGCAAUUCUGUGCGAGUGCUAUAACAAAAACAUGCUUAGCUAAAAUCCACUCUUCUACUUCAAGUUGACAGAAAAACAAAACGGCAUAACGAAGCAAGGGUUCAGUGAAGGCUGUUGUACGAGCACAGUCAGCUAAUGAGCUAGUCCUAGAGCUGGAUGCAACAGAUGAUGGAGUGCUCUGAUUAAACUUGGCCAGAGUUGGUAAAGUGAAUGGGGAAAAUUCUUGUGUCAAAAUGGGAAGUCCAGAGCUGGACACAUUAGGGUUUAGUGUUAUUUUGGGGGGAUAAUUGUGUUUUUAGGAAUCUAGUAACUGAAAUGCAGGUGAGUUUGAACACUGAGGUCUUGAUAAAAAAUGUGAGGUAUUUAUGAAAAGAAUGAAAUAAUUUUGCUGCUUCUAUUACAUUUGUGAGAUACCUGAUUCCAUAUUUAAUCCUGCAUCAGUCGAGAGAUUAUAUUUAAGGCUGUUGUCAUGUACUGAAAACUGGCCAACUUGGUUACGUUUUAGCAUCCAAGGCAUAACAACUCGCCUUUCUAAAUCGCCCAGCAAUCCCAAAUAGCUCAGAGAGCUGCUGUGUGCAUUCAUAGUUCGGGGCAGGGAGUUGCUGGGUUUGUGUUUUAUACCCCACCCCAUCAGGGAGGAUGCUGCGUUCCUAUGUAAAUCGGAAUAGCUGUAGCUCAGGGAAGGAAGAAUUCUUUACCUCAGCAAGGUAAUCAGUGAAGACUCCCAGCUCCUUCUAGCUGACCUAAGGGAAGGAUUUGCUUUUUAUGAUAUAAAAUGCAUUAAAUUAAAGAAAUUUUGGUUUGAUUUUACUUCA